AUGAAGAUCCUAUGGAGCUUGUUGUUUCUGUUUGGCUGUGCGAUCAAAGCUGCUGCUGCUCAAAAUGGCUAUCUACGAAACUCGGUCAACGAUGCCGAAGCUUCGGCAAUGGCAACGGCAGCCACCACUGUUGACAACCGGAAGCAUCACAAGUCGAAGGAUGUGAAAGCCGUCUCGGUCCGAGGUCGCAGGCUCGAUCGCGAUCGUCGCGAUCGUCGCAAGCGCCGCAGCAGCCGCAAGAGCAACAGUAGUGAUGGCAACAAUGGGGGCAACAAUGACAGCAGUGGCGAUACGAGUAGCGGUGCCGGUGCCAGUGACAGUGACGGCGCCGGUGCCAGUGCCAGCAAACGAUCCAGCAGGGACGAAAGUUCCGACGGAGAUACGGAAGAUCGCGAUGAAGGUGCCGAACGCAACCAACAGGGAGAAAUCCCCAAUGAAGACGUCCGCAAUGACGAGCAGGAAAAGGCCAAACAGCAAAAUGAAGAAGCUUUGCAGAGGGAGAAGGAUGAAGCUGCAGCAGCAUUGAAUCGACCCAAGGAUGAACCUCAAGAUGAGGCUUCCGAGGAUGAAGAUGAAGCUCGGGAUGCUGUGAGGAAAGUGGUGAGUGAUGCGAUGGAUAAGAAAGUGGAAGAAGAAGCCGAAAAACGCUGUGGGCGUCGAAAGCUGCCAGUUGCAAGUAUCGAUCGUCUCAAGAAACAGAUCGAAGAUGCAGGGCACGGCGUCAAAUCAAGUGAACUCGAUCGUCUCAAGAAACAGCUGAAACAGGAAGAAGCGGCACAGUCAAAGCAGCUCAAACUCAAGGAUCUCGCGAAGAAGUAUUCCGAAACUACAGAAGACGCGGUGGACAUUGAAAUGGAGAAGAAGGUAGAAAAAGCCUGCGGAUUGAGGCUUUGA